AUUAUAAGACAUAAAAGUAAAAAUAUUUUUAGCAUAACUAUUUAAUUUUUUAAUUUUUCAAUAAUUCUAAUCUUGUAUUCAUGAUUUGUCAUGCUUGCAGCUUUCCCUGACAGCCUGAUAUAAAAUGUAUACAUCUUUUAAUAUAUUAUACUUAUAGACGUUCAUUUAAAAAUAUUACAAUGUUGAAUGUUAUAAAUCGCCGUGUAUUCAGGAAACUAGAUCGGAAACUUAUUGUUCGUUAUACAUCCACUAACGAUUUCUACGGAUUAGAUAAAAUAAAACCAAUACCCGUUCCGGAUAUAGUGAGAAAACCACGUCGCUUACCAUUUUUGAAAUCAAUAUACGCUGGUCAGUAUGAUGUUGAAGUUCUUACAUAUCCAGAAACACUUAAUCUGGAAAGGUAUAAAGACCUGGAAUCUCGAGUGCAACAAGUCCAGCACAAUUGCACGAAAAUUGACACUGUCCGGCAACUAGGACUAUUUGGCAUGAGUGCUCCAUACCCAAGUUCAGGUCUCAACUUAUCAGACACUGAAAUAGCCCGUGUAUUUGAACACUUUGAUUCUAACACUUUUAAAUCCGUGUUUGAUCACAUUCUCUGCGUCGACAUAAUCAAAACUUUUGGUACACCAAGUCAAAGAUCAAAAUAUUUACCAUUACUUGCAUCGGGUGCUGUAUGCACAUUACACGUCGAUACUGUAAUGGGUACACUACUCCCAAACGAGAGCUGGGAACUCACAGGCUCUGUUAAAAAUUCUGCAGAUGUUUUCUUGUUAUUUGUUAUUGGAAGUAGAGCCUAUAUAGUCGAAAAGGAUAAAACUUUUGUCAAUGGGGAAAAUUUAGAAUUGAGACAAAUUGUUGUUACUCCAGAUGAUGUAAUGGAGAAUGUUGAUUUAACCAAAAUUAUGCACAGAGGUAAAUUAUWCACGUGUUCCAUAUUGGCAACAUCRUUGAAGAGAGUUGUUCAAGCAACCAUUCAGAACUUAUUACCAAAAACAAGGUUAAAUCUAAAAUUGAGAGAAUAUGAUUCUGUUCUGAAGAUAAUAGCAAAAUCAUUAGUAAACAUCUAUACACUGGAAAGUAUGAUAUAUCUGACCACGUGGAUGACUGAUGGAUUUGAUGAUCCAGACAUUGAACUAGAGUCAGCUUCCAUACAACUAUUUGCUCGUCAAACAGUUGACAGUAUAUUGAUAGAUUUAAAAAUGGUAAAUGGAAGAAGUUCAAUAAAUGAACCAUUUUUGACUUUAUGCAAUGAGGUGGAAGAUUUAGUUGAGAGUUUGGAAGGAAGUAUGAAAUUAGCUGAUUUUAUUAGUAGUCAAGGUGUGGAGUUUUUCAAUAAAUCUGAUUAUGAAGAAAAUAUUUCAUUUCUAACUAAAGCUUAUAGAGAUAUAAUGAUGAAAAGAAAUGUACCAAGUUUAAAAUAUGGUCUUCAACAAUUUCUACAUCCUGCACUCAAGCAUUCCGCAAAUUUUCUUGAGUAUGAUGUAUUGAAAUUCCAACACAUAAUUAACCAAUGCCAUGCUGCUGGUCAACUGAGCACCGAUAAUCAAAUGCUUAUGGAAAGGUUAUCAACAGUAAUUGUAUACAUUUACGCCAUGACAGCAGUUCUUGGAAGGGCAUCUAGAUCAUAUUGUACUGGAAUCCGGUUUUGUGAUUAUGAAAUGAACACUGGAGAAACAGUGGUAAGAGAAUCAUGUACCUUACUUAAACCAAUCUUAGAAGAACUGAUGAGUGGUAAAUAUAUUGCAACWGAUUCAGUCUACGAAACAUUUGCUGACCAAUUACUAGUUGAUAAUAUAAAUAGGGGACAAACAGUUACGUAAAAUGUAUAAGGCCAGCUUUGGUUGGUAUUAUUCUAUAAUGGGUAAAAUUGCAUAAUACAAAUAUAAAAAAUAUUGUAMAAUAAUACUAAUGUAUAAUACAUAUUGUUCCUGUUUGGCCUUUAGUUUGRAUAACUGUGUAGUUUAUUUUGARGUAGUUAGGUAGAUACUAGGAUUAAUCUACUUUGAGUGAAACAAACAAAUGUGUAUAAUUUAUUUAUUGAUUAAUUUUUCAUUUCAACAAUGACUUGUGAUCAWAAGUUAAUGAUUGAAGCUUCAAAAAUGSAAUACAUUAAAAAUUCAGUUUUAAAACUGUUAAUUAAUAUACUUUUUGGAUAGCUCCUAUAGUUGUAAAAAAAAAAAAUGAUGUCAGUUCCUCGUGUUACAAUUUCUGUAUGGAGAAUAAUUAAUAUAAGUACCUACCAUUGAUUUUAUGAUAUAUUAUAAAAUCACUAUUAAGCUAUUAUACUAUCAUACAAUUUCAAAAAUAUUUUUAGUCUAAUUAAUUUAAUUUUUUUUUUUCAGUUAUAGCCAGUUAGGAACAACUACAGUAAACUGACUUUGUGUUUCAAUUAUUUAUUCAUAAACAACAAAUUUACUACAUUUAAUUUCUAUUUAUGUUUUACUUUCUUUACUUCUACAUACAUGUUACUAUAGUUACUAUAUCUUAGUUAUUCUUAAUAUAAUAUUGCACUUUGAUAAAUGUUAUACUUUUAUUGAGAUUUCAGCAUUUUUAAAUUUUAUCCAAUAGUAUAAUAUUUUAAUGACAUAUGUKUGUAUUCACCAUAUCUAUAAAUUAUGACAAUAAUAUGUCUAUUAUAACCUAUACCAAAUGGCUGCAUGCCAUAUUGUAUAAAUAUCUAAAAUUUAGACUCCAAAAAUCAUAAACAACUUAUGUAAGCUUGUAGUCCAAAUGAUGUGAUGAUCAACAUCCUUUAGCUGAUUUUCAAUUUUAUAAUAACUACACCUACCUAGAAACUCAUAAGCACUUAAGUAGGAUUGAGGACUUAUAGAAUUUACAUAUCGAUCAUAGUGUUAUAAUAAAAUAUAGCAGAUUGAUAUACAAAUACAUUUAAAAUAUAUAAAAAGAAUUUACAUAAAUGUAAGGUUUGAUACUUACUAUGACCUUGAAGAGAUAGGUAAUAUAAAUAAAGAACAAAUARAGUCGUAAGAUGUAUAACUUAUACUUUAUUACAUUUAUAUUUGUGUCUAAUAAUGUAUAAUAAUACAGAUAUAUGUUUCAAAUUCAAUUKUGUAUAAUUUAAAUAAAAUAUUCUUAGUUUUAAUUUUAUAAUUACAUAAUAGCUGUAGCUAUCUACAUUCAAACAACUAAUUUUGAAAAAUGCUCAUUAUAAGAAUAUGCUGUGUUUACAUUGGAUAUUUACUGGCACUUAUACUGGUUUAAAAUUGAUUUUGAUGAAAAAAUAUAUAAUUUUAUUUACUA